GGGGCGGCAGGCGUUGGAUGCACUAGUUGACAUAUGUGAUUAGUGUCCUCGUUGCUGAACAGUUUAUCGAUCAUGUCGUCGGAAGAUCUAAAGCAGAAAAUAAUUGAACUUGAAAAAGAGCUAGAAAGCCUUAAAAAUGACGGAACCCACGAGCCCCAAGGACGUCAAAAGAUUGACCAGAUGUCAAGCGAAGUAGUGGAUGCAAAUCCGUAUAGUCGCCUGAUGGCCCUGAAGCGGAUGGGCAUUGUGGACAACUACGAGCAGAUCCGCCAGUUUACAGUGGCCGUGGUGGGUGUCGGCGGCGUGGGGUCGGUGGCGGCCGAGAUGCUCACCCGCUGCGGUAUCGGAAAGCUGCUGCUGUUCGACUACGACAAGGUGGAGCUGGCCAACAUGAACCGGCUGUUCUACCAGCCGCAUCAGGCCGGCCUGAGCAAGGUGGAGGCGGCCGCGCGCACCCUGGCCAGCAUCAACCCGGACGUGAUCAUCGAGUGUCACAACUACAACAUCACCACCGUCGAGAACUUCGAACACUUCAUGGGCAGAGUCAGGUCCGGGAGUCUGAGCGACGGGCCGGUGGACCUGGUGCUGAGCUGUGUCGACAACUUUGAGGCCCGCAUGGCCAUCAACACCGCCUGCAACGAGCUGGGCCAGACCUGGUUCGAGUCGGGGGUCGCCGAGAACGCCGUGUCCGGUCACAUCCAGAUGAUCGUGCCGGGUGAGCUGGCCUGCUUCGCCUGCGCGCCGCCGCUGAUCGUCGCCUCGGGCAUCGACGAGAAGACGCUGAAGCGGGACGGCGUGUGCGCCGCCUCGCUGCCCACCACCAUGGGCGUCGUGUCUGGCCUGCUCGUGCAGAACACGCUCAAAUACCUGCUGAAGUUCGGCUCGGUGACCCACUACCUGGGCUACUCGGCGCUGCAGGACUUCUUCCCGACCAUGAGCAUGAAGCCGAACCCGACCUGUGACGACUACCAUUGCAGAGAGCGGCGGAGAGAGUUCCUGGAGCGGGAGGCCUCCAAGCCGAAACAGGAAAUAGUGGAGGAGGCGGCCCCAGAGGUGCUGCACGAGGACAACGACUGGGGCAUCAGCCUGGUGGAAGAGACGGCGCCAGAGGAGGCCGAGCCGGAGCUGGUCCAGGGCGUGCGGCUGGCCUACAGCCGGCCCGACCAGCCGCCCCCGUCAGCCGAACCGCAGAGCGCGCCGGCGGCGGACCCGGAGGCCGGCGCCGCCGACCAGACCAGCCUGGACGACCUGCGCGCGCAGAUGAUGGCCCUCUGAGACGAGCCUGGCGCGGAGGGCGGCCGCCGGCGGCUCACACGGCCCCUCGGUGGCAGCGGUGGCCGCGGUGCCGUCCCGCGGCUUCGCUAAUGCCGGCGAUUUGUGGUGCGGUGGCGUGGGGUCGGCUCCUGCAGGUGGGUGUGGCUCUGAAGCUUGCGGAGUGGUCACACCAACACGACCUUGGUUCGGUGUUCGGGCCCCCUGCGAUGCCGCUGCGGUGGUGCUGCGUUGUGGCGAAGGUAUCUCGUUGGCGACGACUGAGUUCAGGUGGAAAACUGCAUUGGUCUUCACCGGCCAAUGGUAUUCAUGUCAAACGUUGUUUGUUGUUGGUUUAAUUUUGAAACAAUUUAUGGUGGAUGCUACUGCUCUUAGUUGUGUGACCUCAGCGUCCUCUCUUUCUUGCAUGGGACAAUAUUUAGCAUUCCAAAGCAAGCAGUCACACACUAGGGCUGUUUUGCCCAGUAGACCCAGGUCCUGCGCGUGCAGCACCAGUGUGAGCGGCUCCGGGGGGGGGGGGG